ACAUAGCAAUGAAGGAUGUAAUUGUCAUUUAAGGAGCUAUUUGUUUUCUUAUAUAUAAUAAAUAGAUAGAAUAGAGAGGCCGUCUUUCUCUGACCAGUAAAGUAGGGUUUCUCCUCCGACGCCAGUCCUGUACUUUUCCUUCUGUUCACGGUGCACUGCUGUGAUCUAUCUUACGCCGCCGUCAGAGGUUUUUGCUGCUUGCUGUACGAUCUAUCGGCGAGUGAAUUCGUGAAAGAUUUGUUCUUGGGACGCACGGGGGAAUUCGUGAAUUCCAUCUAACACUAAUGUUUUACGGAGUAUCAUCUUUUGGGGUCACUAAUGGAAUAUUAAGCCUAUCAAGUGGUGUAUUUGUUAUUUUAAUAAACCUGAUUUAUCAUUUGGUAGUUUGACCAAUCCUUGAAGGGAAAUGUAAUUAACCAUUUUUAACCAUUUCAUGCAAUUUUAUUGUACUAAUCAUCAUUAAAGUUUAUGUUUCUUAUUCCAGGAGGUCGGCAAUUGGGAAGUCAAUCAAGGGUUGAAGAACCACUAUCAGUAUCCCUUCCUGCAGAUCUUUCUGUUGAAAACCAUCCAAUAUCUUUAUGGCCACGUGUAUCCGACCCUCAGAAUCCUUCAGGCCAGAUGCUUUCCCAUUUUCCUGGAGGACCACCGCCUUCUCACAUCCCUAUCUAUGAGAUGAAUCCUGUCUUGGGUGGUCCUAUUUUUUCCUUUGGGCCUCACGAAGAAUCAACUGUUUCCCAAACUCAACCCCAGAAGAGUACUGGCACAGGUGCAUGGCAACAGUGUCAUUCCUCCAUCACAACCUUCUUUUUUCCAGUUUCGCCAGUUCAGGUAUUCACCUCCUAUCUCCCAAGGAAUUUUGCCAGGGACAGCUCUACCAGUGUCUUUCAUUCAGCCAAAGCUACAAAGCAAUAAAUAUAAUGUGAAUCAAUGUAAUGGAGGUUACCGUGGGCAGUCUCACAGAGAUGAUUCAGAACUAGAUUAGUCAUCGGUAAGAGCUGCAGGGAACAAUGCUCAGACACUUGUGAUCAACUCCGAGGUUUCUGGUCAUACUGAGACCAAGGAACAGGAUAGUGUAGAUAUGCAGAGUAAUCUGGAAUCAUCCAAGGGGCAGAAUGUAUCGACUGUAAGUCGGGUGAUUUCUGGUGGAUUUAAGUCUCAAGGUUCAUUCUCUGGCACAAAGGAUUUUAAUGGGUUUCAAAGGAGACCACGACGGACAGUCCAACGGACAGAAUUUCGAGUUCGGGAGAAUGCUGAUAAGAGACAGUUUUCUGGUGCUCUCCCAGUUAAUGAUACUGGUUUUGAUGAUAAGGCAGCAUACGGUGGAAGGUAUGGAGGGGUUUUUACAAGAAGUGGAUCCAAGAGAGGUUCAAUCAUUCAAUGCCUAAUAAAUCCAUGAAACACACAGUAGAAGCUGAAAAGUCUAGUCAGGGAAGCAAUGGUUCUCGAAAUAUUGCUACUAUGAAGGAUCAUGUUAUUAAGAGGCAGAGUGGUCUUUCUAAUAUUCGGGAGGGAAAUUUGAAGAGGAAUAACAUAUAUGAGGAAGAUGUUGAUGCUCCAUUGCAGAGUGGAGUUGUACGUGUUUUUAAAUAACCUGGUAUUGAAGCCCCUAGUGAUGAAGAUGACUUUAUUCAAGUGAGGUCUAAAAGGCAAAUGCUGAAUGACCGCUGGGAACAGAGAGAGAGAGAGAGAGAGAAAUAAAAGCAAAAUCUCGGGCCUUAAAGCAACCGCGUAAACCUCACAUUGCCAGACAAAACAAUGCAGCUUCAACCAGCUUAAAUAAGGCAUCCGUACAUAUUUCCUUGAAAACACACUCUGCCUUUGCUACGACUGAGGGCCAAGGUUCAACCAACAAGCCUGAAGCCAUAAGUUGUUUUGCCAAUCUCGUGCAGCCAAUCGCUCAAAUUUGUACUCCUGCCAUAGAUGCUGGAACUGAAUCAGAUAUCAGAUCAAACAAAUCUCUUAAAGCCCCCCCUGCUACUGUCGUAUCUGGUAGUGGAAGCGAUGGAAUGAGCUUGAUGUUUGAGGGAAAGAAAUGUGAAGGUGCUGUUAUGUCAAUGUCUUCGAAGUCCUGGUGCACUCCAUUUGUGAACCAACAAAGCCAGCUUGAGGAGGCUAUGAAGCCAGUGAAAUUUGAGAUGCAAGAUUCUUGUUCUACUUCGGGGAGUCAUAUUAGUAGUUCAACUAUAGAGCCUGCCUUACCAUCAUCAUCAUCAAUUAUGAUGGCCAAUGACAAGUCUUCCUUUUUGCUGACAACAAGUCCAAUUAACUCUCUGCUUGCUGGAGAGAAAAUCCAAUUUGGUGCUGUUACAUCCCCAACAAUUCUCCCUGUUAGUACCCAUGUUGUUUCACAUGGGAUCGGACUCAUCGGAGCUCCAGGUUCCAAGCGGCCUUCUGAUGUACAAAUCUCCCACAAUCUUUCUGCAACUAAGAAUGAUUGUUCUCUCUUUGACAAACUCCCAAAUGACUGCUCUGUGAGCUUACAAGAUUCUGAGGCAGAAGCUGAGGCAGCCGCAUCUGCCGCUGCUGUUGCAGCCAUCACUAAUGAUGAAGGUGGGGAGAAUGGACUUGGUUCUGUAACAGCUUCAGAAGCUAAAAAAAUCUUUGAAGGAGGUCGGCAAUUGGGAAGUCAAUCAAGGGUUGAAGAACCACUAUCAGUAUCUCUUCCUGCAGAUCUUUCUGUUGAAAACCAUCCAAUAUCUUUAUGGCCACGUGUAUCCGACCUUCAGAAUCCUUCAGGCCAGAUGCUUUCCCAUUUUCCUGGAGGACCACCGCCUUCUCACAUCCCUAUCUAUGAGAUGAAUCCUGUCUUGGGUGGUCCUAUUUUUUCCUUUGGGCCUCACGAAGAAUCAACUGUUUCCCCAACUCAACCCCAGAAGAGUACUGGCACAGGUUCAGGGCCUCUUAGUGCAUGGCAACAGUGUCAUUCCUCCAUGGAUUCAUUCUAUGGCCCCCCAUCAGGGUUCACGGGCCCAUUAUAUAGCCCAACUGGAAGAAUCCCUGGGGUUCAAGGUCCUCCUCCCCAUAUGGUGGUCUAUAAUCAUUUUGCACCGUUUGGGCAAUUCAGGCAGGUAGGUUUGAGUUUUAUGGGCACCACUUAUAUUGCCUCUUCUGGCAAGCAGCACAACCCAAACUCCACUAUGGUGGGGGAUGAAUGAAGGAGAUAUGAAUAUCAUAAGUUCCACACAGAGAAAUGCAUCGUCAGCACCUGUUCAACAACAUCUUGCUCCUGGGUCACCUCUCAUCCCUAUGGCUUCUCCCUUGGCCAUGUUUGAUGUUUCUCCUUUUCAGCCACCAUCGCCAGACAUGCAGCAUUGGUCUAGCAUGCACACAGCAGCUCUUCACUCCGCUCCUAUCUCUCAGCCACCUCAGCAGCAUCAACAACAACCAGAAGCUGCCCCGUUUGACCAAGGAAGACACUCCGCUGACCAAUCAUUGAACGUCGUCAAUAGUAGGUUCCCGCCUGAUUCUCUUGCAUCAACAACGGCACCUGAGAAUUGUCCCAAGAAAUUCAUGGAGAAGGAACCCACAUCAUCAGGCCUACCGCCUCCACCUCUGUCCUCUCCCACAAUCUCCAUUGCAGUGGCCAACCCCAAAGCCCAUGCUCAAACAUAAAAAAAGAGAUAGAGGUGAAGAACAACCUAUACAACCUUGGAUUUUAGGUGUGAUGAACAAAAUCAAAGGAAGAAUCCCUUCGAUGGACACAGACAGCUUGCAAUUAUUUGUCUGUGCCACUUUUCUCUAUGUGACAAGUAAGUUUAUAUUAUUUAGUUUUAUUUUUAUUUUUAUUUUAUCUUACAAAAAUAAGUAGAUUUUUUAAUUUAACUUGGUUCAGAGGAUAAAGUCUUACUGUUCAGCCAUCCUCUUGAUGUUGAAGAAAAAGAAACUUCUCUUCUUGUGCUUCGAAAUAGAGAUGUCACAGAACGGAUAUUUCCAAGCACAAGAAGAGGAGUUUCUUUUUCCUCAAUAUCAUGAGGAGGGCUGAACAGUAAGACUUUAUCCUUUGAACCAAGUUAAAUUAAAAAAUCUACUUAUUUUUUUAAGAUAAAAUAAAAAUAAAAAAAGCUAAAUAAGAUAAACUUACUUGUCCCAUAGAGAUAAGUGGCACAGACAAAUAAUUGCAAACUGUCCGUGUCCAUCAAAGGGAUUCUUCCUUUGAUUUUAUUCUUCACACCUAAAAUCCAAGGUUGUAUAGGUUGUUCUUCACCACUAUCUCUUUUUUUAUGUUUAAACAUGGGCUUUGGGGUUAGCCGGUGCAAUGGAGAUUGUGGGAGAGGUGGAGGCGGUAGGCCCGGUGAUGUGGGUUCCUCCUUGAAUUCGUUAACAGAACACGAGCCAACCGAAGAUUUGGGAGACUCCGUGAUGUUGGGGUGUAGCUCCUAGCAGCGAUUCCCUAAGUAGAGAGGCUGGAUCGUGGUUGACACGUGAAGAAGGAAGAUGGUCUUCGGUAAACCUAGGACUUGUAGCGUAUUUGAGAAGGGGUGUGUUUGGCGGCUUUGUAGCGCCUUUAAUACCUAUGGAAGUGGACAGACGUUCUUCAAAUUGCAGCGGUUUGGCGGAGAUGUAAAGAGUGUAGGCAGAGGAAGGUAAGGCAAAGUUAAAGCCAAGUAGUAAAGAGGGUAGGCAGAGAAGAUAGUUGGAAGAAGCUUAAGGAAGGUAGGCGGAGAAGGUAGACGCAGUUAAGGUGAUAAAUUAGAGAAGGAAGGGGAAGAAGGCGAGCAAGUAAAAGAAUAUACUGUAGAAAGAAUAUACUGUAGCCCCGUGUUUUCUAAAUCGUGAAAACGCAUAAAAGUAGGUUUUCCAUUUCACAGGUAAAAGGCGAGAUAUGUUUCGCUUUUUGUUUUCUAAAAGAUGGUUUAGGUAAACAAGUUUUCUACUUUUUCUAUUUCGAGUUUUCCAAUUUUUUGGAAAAACAGAAAAUAUCUCUGUUAGUAAACAGGUCCUGAUUGUUUCUGCCAUUCUCAUUUGAGAUUUUCUCAUUUGAGAUUAGUGAUUAGUUGACCAUAUUUAUAUGUUGAGAUGUAUUGGUCUACGUGAGAUUGAGUAUUUAUUUUUACUAUUUUUGGUAAUAA